GAUUAUCGCACAACUCAUUUCGGCUCAUUUCAGCCCCUCGCUGUGGUCACGGACAACUUUGACACCUUCUUAGCAAAGCGAAGCGAUCUGAGCAAGUUCUACAGGCUAUGGCGACAGAGCUCUCUGAACGGAUCGCUGACCGACGAAAAACUGUUGACGGCGUUCAUUCCGUCAGACGAUGCAUUCUCGAACAACGAGUUCAAGAGACUGAUCGGAAACCAAAAGUUGUCCGACAUCUUUGUACGGAGAUACCUCGUGGACGAGCCAUUGUGUGAGUUCGAUCUUCGCCAUAACCCAGGAGAGAUUCGUAUACAGACGUACGCCAACCUGAACGGAGAGGGGCUUCGGCCGACGUCGUCUGACGGCGAGACUAACGGGGUUGUGUACGUGCUGGAGUCGACGAUCGCCAAGAACUACGUUUCCACGCAACCAGGAGACGACAGAAGACGGGCCACCAAUGUACUUAGUAUUCUCUCA